GAUUUUUUUCUCUCUACUCUUCUCCCACAGAGGAUCAGAAAAGGGAUAAGAUUGCGAAGCUGCCAGGACAACCAGAGAAUGUGGUGUUUGAUCAGUACUCAGGCUAUGUGACUGUGGAUAACGAAGCUGGGAGAGCAUUGUUUUAUUGGCUGGUUGAGACACCAGAUAGUAGUUCAAAGCCAUUAGUGUUGUGGCUUAAUGGUGGCCCUGGAUGCUCCUCUAUUGCUUAUGGAGCAGCUGAAGAAAUUGGUCCUUUUCGAAUCAAUUCUGAUGGGAAAUCACUUUACUCUAAUCCUUAUGCUUGGAACAAAUUGGCAAAUAUACUCUUCCUUGAUUCUCCCGCUGGUGUUGGCUCUUCUUAUUCCAACACAACAUCAGAUCUGCAUACAGGAGACAAAAAAACAGCUGAAGAUUCAUAUGCAUUCCUUGUUAAUUGGCUUGAGAGAUUUCCUCAGUACAAGCAUAGAGAUUUCUACAUUGCUGGAGAAAGUUAUGCCGGUCACUAUGUUCCUCAGUUGUCUCAAGUUAUUUAUCGCAAAAACAAAGGAAUCGAGAACCCAGAUAUAAAUUUCAAGGGGUUUAUGGUUGGAAAUGCUGUGAUUGAUGAUUACCAUGAUUAUAUUGGAACAUUUGAGUACUGGUGGGUCAAUGGUUUGAUUUCCGAUGCCACAUAUAAGUUGUUGAGAAUUGUGUGUGAGUUUGAUUCCGCUCAGCAUCCACCAGAGAAAUGCGAGGAAGCUUUUGAACUUGCAAGUUUGGAGAUGGGAGACAUUGAUCAAUACAGCAUUUAUACACCUGUGUGCAACCGUACAGCUGCAACACUCAAAAGCCGAUUAAGGGGUCGCUUGUUGAUUUUUAAUUUUAAAACUCAGGCAUGGAUGUCUCGGGCAUACGAUCCCUGCACUGAGAGGUACUCUGACGUGUAUUUCAAUAGUCCAGAGGUUCAGAAGGCUCUUCACGCCAACGUAACUGGGAUUCCUUAUUCAUGGACUGGAUGCAGUGACAUUGUUGGGGAAACCUGGGGUGAUUCUCCCCUUUCUGUGCUUCCAAUAUAUCAAGAAUUUCUUGACGCUGGCCUCAGGAUAUGGGUGUUCAGUGGAGACGCUGAUGCAGUGGUGCCUGUAACCGCAACUCGGUAUUCAAUUGCUUCCUUGAACCUUCCUACCAUCACCAAUUGGUACCCUUGGUAUGAUAAUGGCGAGGUUGGUGGGUGGAGUCAAGUUUACAAGGGGCUUACAUUGGUUACAGUAAGAGGGGCAGGACAUGAGGUUCCACUUCAUAGACCUCGUCAAGCUUUUACUCUUUUCAAAUCAUUCUUGGAGAAUACGAACAUGCCAUUGUCAAGUGCUACCAGCCUUACUCACCCAACUCAGUCACUGAACCAUAAAAUUAGGUCUGUUAGGCCCAAAAGAAAGAUCGUUAUGCCAUCAUCCAUGCAGGACUUUACUAGUUAG